AUGAUCUUCGAACCGGCAGAGCGCGUCCUCCUCCCUUCUGUGGAUGUCAUCUCCUACAUCUUCGACAAUACAUAUGAUGCCAACCGACCGAUCUACGUUGAUGUUCAUAAUCCCUCCCGAUCGAUCAGCUGCGCUCAAGCUCGGAAGAUCGUCCGUCAGUUGAUUGCCGGUCUACGCGCCUGGGGAGUCAAACCGGGCGAUUGCGUCGCCAUCCACUCUUUCAAUGAUAUCUACUAUUGUAUGCUUGUUCUGGCCAUCGUUGGCGCCGGCGGUAUCUACACUGGUACCAAUCCAUCGUACACGCCAAUGGAGCUGUCGCAUCAUUUCAAGGCGUCCGACGCAAAGUUUUUAAUCUCAGAGCCAGAGAUUCUAGCCCCUGUUCUUGCAGCCGUCAAGGAGAGAGGCAUUCCCGAAGGGAACGUGCUCAUCUUCGAUGUCCUGGGACAGGAGAUCCCCGCUGGUCGGCGAUCAUGGAAGGAUCUAUUCAACCACGGCGAACAAGACUGGGUGGCCUUUAAUGACCUGCAACGGGCCAAGGAAACUGCAGCCGCAAGACUAUUCAGCAGUGGGACAACAGGCCUGCCCAAAGCCGUGACCAUCACGCAUCACAGCUUCAUCGCAGAGCACUUGUUGUGCUUCGAGGUGCAUCCCCGACCGUACCAGGUCUCCCGCAUCGUCGCAAUGCCCGUUUUCCACGUCGCAGCAGCCACCUGGACGCACUUUGGCGCCCUCAAAGCUGGGCACACAAUCUACAUGAUGCGCCGCUUCGACCUCGAGACCUUUUUGGUGUCCAAUGAAAAAUACCAAGUAACCGACAUGGCCAUCGUCCCGCCCAUGGCGAUCGCCAUCCUGCAGUCGCCAUUCUCGCGGACCAGGCCAUUCCUGCACUCCGUCAAGGUCGUCAACUGCGGUGCCGCCCCGCUCGACAAAGACGUACAGGCCAGGUUCCGAGCCCUCCUCAAAGAAGGAACCCCCUUUACCCAGGUCUGGGGCAUGACGGAAACCUGCUCCAUCGCGAUGAUGUUCACCUACCCGGAGGACGACGACACGGGGUCCGUAGGCCGGUUACUCCCGAACAUGGAAGCCAAACUAAUCGACGAGAACGGAAACAACAUCUCCGCGUUUGGCGUCCGCGGCGAGCUCUGCGUGCGUGGGCCCAUCGUCACACCGGGGUACUACCGCAACGACUCCGCCAACGCCACGUCCUUCGAUAACGAGGGCUGGUUCAAAACGGGGGAUAUCGCGUACUGCGACGGGCGCACGCGCAAAUGGUACAUCGUCGACAGGAGAAAAGAGCUCAUCAAGGUCCGGGGGUUCCAGGUUGCGCCGGCGGAGCUGGAGGCUGUGCUUCUGGGGCAUCCGCAUAUUAUCGAUACGGCCGUGAUUGGGCUGGUGAUUCCCGGGGCAGACACCGAGUAUCCCCGUGCGUAUGUGGUUAGACGGCCUGGUAAGGAAGGCGAGAAGCUCACGGAGGAGGAUGUGAGGAAGUAUCUUGGCGAGAGGCUGGCUAGGUACAAGGCGUUGACUGGGGGCGUUAAGUUUGUAGAUGCCAUUGCGAAGACUGCUAGUGGGAAGAUCCUGAAGAAAGAGUUGAGGGAGGAUAGUAAGAGGGAUAUUGAGGCCGGAUUGAGGCCGAAGCUUUAG